CUGCGACUGCCCGCGAACCCUGACACCCCCGGGGCGGCCGCGAUCGACGCAUCCUCCUUGCUGCGGCGAGGGGAGAGGAACGCCUCCAGGCCGCCGCGCCGCGCGCGCGCACGCCCCACCCCCCCUUGGGGGCUGGGGCGGCGCCCGAUGGGCCACCAGGCCUCGUGCUACGACGACGGCCGCUCCGUGCUGGUGGAAGGCGGUGGCGCCCCCGAGAAGCGCGCGGCCCGGGAGCCCGACAGGGCGACGUCCAGCCGCCUGGUCUUUGCGCGGAGCAGAGUGUUCAAGCCGCACACCCGCACGCGGCUGCAGGACUUCUACCAGCAGGAGAAGCUGCUCGGCCAGGGUUCCCACGGGAAGGUGAUCAAGGCCGCCGCGGCCAGCGCCCGUGGCACCACCGCGGAGGGCUGGCUGAAUUCGCGGGGGGUGGCGGUGAAGUGCUUCGCACUCGGCGGCGGGCCGGGCACCCUGCGCACGCAGCAGGGCGUGGAGAGCCGGGCCGCCAAGGCCAGCUUCGAGCGCGAACGCCAGAUGCUGGCGCAGCUGGAGCACCCCCACAUCGUUAAGAUGUUCGAGUGCUUCGAGGAUCGCGACCACCUGUUCAUCGUGAUGGAGGUCUGCCACGGCGGCGAGCUCUACGAGUACGUUGCGGACCGCGUGACGCGAGGCCACUCCGCGGUGGGCCUCGAGCAGGGGCUGGUCUUCUUCAGGCAGAUGCUCCACGCGACCAGCUACCUGCACGCGAAGCAGCUGGUCCACCGCGACCUGAAGACGGAGAACUUCUUGCUGCUGGGGCCGCCAGGCUCGCCCGACGCGGACGUGGUGAAGAUGUGCGACUUCGGCUCCACGACCCUGCUCCACCGCCUCGAGCCGCGCGCGAUGGGGAUGAUCGGCACCCUCUCCUACACCGCCCCGGAGGUGUACCUGGACAAGG